UUACUUAUUACGGCGUUUAUAGCAGAAUUUGCUAUAUUACUUGGUGCUGUGGACAAAAUAGCAGAAGUGCUCGAUUUCUUUUUCCUGAUGUGCUAUGCAUUUGUGAAUCUGCUCAAUGCUGUUUACCUUGCUCUUUUUCUUCUGUUCGUCUUCGAACCACAAUUCAUUUUCAUUUGUGACAUUUGGUAUCAAGUAGAUGAAGCUACAUUUGAGCCGGAUUGA